GGGGAAUCUCUUGUAUACAUUUACAUCUUCACUUGGCCUUAUCCAAACAGGAUUGCCCAGAACUGGAAUGUGUGAUAGGAGAUCGAGUUCCAGCUCAUACCUAGUUGUUUGGAAUUGGGUUCAAUCCCCUCUGCUAUUCUUUUCAGUUGCAACUCUUAAAGAUGGAAGAAUUCCAGAUGAAAGAAUACACGCCUCCCACAACCAAAAUUCCAUUCCGAAGCGAUAAGAAAUAUCAUGUGUUUCUUAGUUUCAGGGGAAAAGAUGUGAGGAAUACUCUGGUUGAUCGUCUCUUUGAAGCUCUCACUGCUGCAGGACUGCAUGUCUUUUUAGACAGCGAUAAAUUGGAAAAGGGAGAAAUAAUUGGGUUGAGCUUGGAAAGAGCAAUCGAGAGCAGUGCCAUUCGCAUUCCUAUAUUUUCCAGAGGCUAUGCAGAGUCCUCAUGGUGUCUGAAGGAGGCUGCGACAAUGGUGAACACCCAGGGCCUGAUCAUUCCUCUCUUUUAUGACGUGAAUCCAACUCAAGUUAGACAUCCUCAAGGGAACUCCAGUCCGUAUGAUAAGUCAUUUCAAAAACAUUAUAGCCAUUCAGAUCGAUGCCAAAGAGAAGAUAUUGAGUGGUGGAAGUAUGGGCUUCAACAAAUCUGCCCAUGUCUAAAACUGUAUGGGCAUUCCGUUCGACACCCAAGAAAAGAGAUUGACGGAUGGAAGAAUGCCCUCAAAGAGAUUUGUUCGCGUUCAGGAUGGUCCAUGGAUAUAACUGGAGGCUUCGAAGCUCAGCUAGUGAAGACGGUGGUAAAUGACGUGAUUAAGACGUUAGGCAGAGUGCCGUUAGAAGUUGCCAAGCACCCUGUUGGACUGGAAAGUGUGACUGAGGAAUAGAAACUCAACCUCAAUUCAGAGGGAGGUGUAGAAAAAUCUGGAAUAUUGGGUAUUGGUGGUAUUGGAAAAACCACACUUGCCAAGGCCCUGUUCAACCAAGUUUAUGCUCAUUUUGAAGCUGCUUCAUUUGUAUUUAAUGUCCGGGCCACUGCUGCAGACUCCAUAGGCCUAACAAAAUUGCAGAGAAAAAUCCUUAAAGAUUUAUGCUUGUAUAGUGGAAAAGUGUCCAGUGUUGAUGAGGGUAUAUCUUUGUUCAGAGAUCGCUUGGGACGAAAAAGUGUGCUUCUCAUUUUAGAUGAUGUGGAUGCUAUUGAGCAAUCAAAUGCUUUGGUUGGGGAUUGGCUGGCUCCUGGUAGUAGAGUUAUUAUUACUUCUAGAAAUAAGCACAUUCUCAGUGUUGCGGGGGUCCCAUCUGAAUGCAUCCAUGAAAUGAGUGGAUUGCACAUAAACGAAGCUCUCCAAUUAUUUAGUUGGCAUGCUUUUCUCAGAGCAUCUCCAAAUACCACUCAUGAGGAUAUGUCCAAAAGAAUAGUGGAAGCUUGUAAGGGGCAUCCUCUUUCACUAGAAGUAAUUGGAGCCUUUUUGUAUGAUAAGCAGAAUGACCGAGGUUGCUGGUUGGAAGCCUUUCACAACAUUACUCUCCACCCAGACAUUCAUGAAAGACUCAAAAUCAGUUACAGUGCUCUUCGUAAAGAGGAAAAAGAAAUAUUUCUCGACAUCGCUUGCUUCUUCAUUGGAGAACGCAAAACACAUCCCAUUGUUUUCUGGAAAUCUUUGUACAAGAUGGUAUUCACAGCUAUAUCUAAUCUUUCUCUGAAGAUGCUGAUAAAGAUUGACGACAAAGGUGUAUUUGAUAUGCAUGACCAUUUGCGGGAUAUGGGGCGAACCAUUGCUGAAAAUGAGGGUACUCGGCUAUGGGAUGCAGUUCAUUUAAGCAGGGGAGUAUCCAAUAACAUCAAUUUCUCUCGCCUUCGACUGAAUGGAGGUAAUUCGCAAAGGCUUGAAACGUUGUUCAGACCUGGUCUUCAAUUUCUUCACUUGAAGAAUCUGCUCAUUGAUGGCAUCACAGAAGACACGCCAACCAUGUUUCCUUCAAGCUUGAUAUGGUUAAGGUUGGAAAAGUGUAGGUUUGCAAUACAUCAGCCAUUUCGCUUCAGUCAUGUGGGGAACAUUUUGCAAUUGCGGCUAAUGCAAGUACACCUUGAUAUUUCCAACUUCUUCCAACAUUCACUUUCUGACAUUCUUGGCAAACUGUCACAGCUGCAGCAUUUAGAUUUGAGUAGAAGUACAAAUUUAACCAAGCUCUCUGCUACUAUUGGCAACUUAUCACAGCUGCAUCAUUUAAAUUUGAGAUUGUGUACAAAAUUAAAUAACCUCUCUGAGGCCAUUGGCAAACUAUCGCAGCUGCAGCAUUUAGAUUUGAGUGGGUGUGCAUAUUUAAAUAAUCUCCCUGAUACCAUUGGUAAUUUAUCACAACUGCAGCAUUUAGACUUGAGUGGGUGUGAUUAUUUAAACCCCCCUGAUACCAUUGGCGAUCUAUCAGAUUUGCAUCAUUUAUAUUUGAGUGGAUGUGAAUAUUUAAAGAACCUUCCUAAUACCUUUGGCAACCUAUCACAACUGCAGCAUUUAGAUUUGAGUGGGUGUGUAUAUUUAAAUAACCUUCCUGAUACCAUUGGCAACCUAUCACAGCUGCAACAUUUAGACUUGAGUGGUUGUGAAUAUUUAAAUAGCCUCCCUGAUACCAUUGGCAACCUAUCACAGCUGCAGCAUUUAGACUUGAUUAGUUGUACAAAAUUAAAUAGCCUUCCUCAUACCAUUGGCAAUCUAUUGGAGCUCCAACAUUUGGACUUGAGUAGAUGUACAAAUUUAAGUAACCUCCCUCAUACCAUUGGAAAUGUAUCACAAUUGCAGCAUUUAAACUUAAGUAGGUGUACAAAAUUGAAUCACCUCCCCGAUAUUAUUGGCAAUCUAUCACAAUUGCAACAUUUAGACUUGAAUAUGUGUAGGAAAUUAAAUAACAUGCCUGAUACCAUUGGCAACCUAUCACAGCUGCAUCAUUUAGACUUGAAUGGGUGUGAACAUUUGAAUAACCUUCCUGAUACCAUUGGUAACCUAUCACAGUUGCCUCAUUUAGACUUGACAUGGUGUAUAAAAUUAAUUGAUCUCCCUGAUACUAUCGGCGGCCUAACACUGCUACAACAUCUAGACUUGAAUCAGUGUAGAAAUUUAAAUAACCUUCCUGAUAGCAUUGGCAACCUAUCACAGCUACGACAUUUAGACUUGAGAGGAUGUAGGAAGUUAAAUAAUCUCCCUAAUACCAUUGGAAAUCUAUCAAAGCUGCAGCAUUUAUAUUUGAUUGGGUGUACAAAUUUAAAUAACCUCCCUGAUGCCAUUGGUAAUCUACUACAACUGCAAUAUUUAAAUUUGACUUGGUGUACAAAUUUAAAUAACAUCCCCCAUACCAUUGGUAACCUUUCACAACUGCAACAUUUAAACUUAGGUUAUUGUGAAAAAUUAAAUGACCUUCCUGAUAGCAUUGGCAACUUAUCACAGCUGCAACAUUUAGACUUGAGUUGGUGUACAAAAUUAGCCAACCUUCCUUCCACCAUUCACAACCUUCACAGCUGCAAUUAUUCUUUGGAUGGUGUACAAAAUAAUAUAAGAAAUGCCCUUGCAUCGGGCGUAUGAAUUCAGUAUGGAUUGGCGAAAAAGAUCUGUAGCUGUGCAGGGCCAACAGUGAACAAGAACGAAUGACUUAUUCUUCCUGGCACUGGUGGGAAAGAGAGAUUGAAGGUUUUGAAGUUGGGAGAUUAAACUCCUCCAGUUUUUUUGAUGAUCAAUGAUUACUGAAAUUUCUGCAGAUUAACACUUCAUCGAUGAAAGCUUUGCUUUCCUUGUAAUGGGCUGUAUAUGCACUGCAUGCAUAUAUUAUUUGGAAUUGUGUGGCUGCUAGUGCAUAUGAUAUAACGGGAAGUGGUUUAAUCAAGUCUUGAAGUUGGCCAAAUAAUUUUAUUGCAGAUUGGUGUCGAAAUUGGUUCUUCAUUACGAAUAGCUGGGAGACUUGCUUGUCAGAAGCAGACACAAGUGGCAUCAACCCUAUUCUAUGGCAUCAACCCUGUUCUAUGCAUGUUCUUCUAGCUCCAAUCGGGCCUUCUCUCUCCACGGUUGCUGCAUUUAUUGGAGACAUUGCGAGUCUAACGACAACAAAAUGUAAAAAUGAAAUUUGAUUGGAUGAAAAUAGCAGGGACUAUAUAGAAACAGACCAUUCCACAAGAUUGUCAGCAAAACUUUUUAAAAAAUCAUGUUUGAGAAACCAGUGAAGCGUCAAAGGACCUCUUUGACCUCUUUGAGAAAUUAUUUCUCUCGCUGGGAAUAAUGAUAAGUUUGACAAGAUCAUUUCUAGCUCUUAAAUAUUCUGCAACUUUGCAUCAAUUGUCUUUAUGAAGCCCGAAUUUGCAGGUUGAGAUGACUGGAUUGCAUGCAUUGAGAAUGAUACUGCAAAGAGCUGCUGAGAAGAGUCCCUAGAGUAACAACUGCAUGCUAUCAAGUAUUGUCACGGGGGAGCAUGCUUCUGACGUUUUCUCUUUAAUACACAUUUUAGCACAGAAAUUUCGGACAAAUGAGCCAGUGAAUCCGAAACAAGAUGUCCUCAGUUUGCUUUUAUAAACAAUAAUUAUGUCUGCCUCGAAGAUGCUGAAGAUAAUUCACAGGAUAUUGACCACGUCAACUUUGGCAACUACUCUGCCUGCUCCAAAACAGCAACUAGGGUUACUUUUUAUUAUUAUGUUAAUAAAAAAAUGUAGCAAGAAAAGGCUGGAAACAUCAUAUUAUUUAAAAAAAAUCUUUGUUGUAUAAGAAAAUCUAUUCACUUCUGUUCAGUUAUUUUAUUUUUCUAUGCAUUUUGGAGCUUUAUUUUUCAA